GCGCUCAGCAUGGCCCAGCCCAAGAGGCAUGCGUACAGCCGGGCAUCAAGCGCAGGCCCCAGGAUGAGCGUGGAAGCGAGCGGCAAGCCCGUGAAGGUGGGCUCCAGAGUGGAAGUCAUUGGGAAGGGGUACCGUGGGACUGUGGCCUACGUGGGUGCCACGCUCUUUGCCACUGGGAAGUGGGUCGGAGUCAUUCUGGAUGAAGCCAAAGGCAAGAACGAUGGCACCGUCCAGGGCCGGAAGUACUUCACCUGCGAGGAGAACCACGGCAUCUUUGUGAGGCAGUCACAGAUCCAGGUGUUUGAUGAUGGCGCAGACACUACAUCUCCAGAGACACCAGAGUCCUCGUCCUCCAAGGUCCCCAAGAGAGAUUCUUCAGAAGGCCCCAAAGCCAGCAAACUGCCCACCCGCACUGGCAGUUCCGCUGCGUCCAGUGGCACAGCAGGGCUCUCAGGCUCGGCCUCCGCCUCCACUGGCGAGAUGAGCAGCAGCGAGCCCAGCACGCCUGCGCAGACACCCCUGGCGGCCCCCAUUGUCCCCACCCCCCCUCUGACCUCGCCGGUGGCACCUCCAGCAGUCCUCUCGCCCACUAAGGAGGAGGAGAACUUGCGCGCUCAAGUGCGGGACCUGGAGGAGAAGCUGGAGACCCUGAAGAUGAAGCGGAACGAAGACAAGGCCAAGCUGAAGGAGCUGGAGAAAUACAAGAUCCAGCUGGAGCAGGUCCAGGAAUGGAAGAGCAAGAUGCAGGAGCAGCAGGCCGAGCUGCAGAAGCGCCUGAAGGAGGCCAAGAAGGAAGCCAAAGAGGCCCUGGAGGCCAAGGAGCGCUACAUGGAGGAGAUGGCCGACACGGCCGACGCCAUCGAGAUGGCCACUCUGGACAAGGAGAUGGCGGAGGAGCGGGCAGAGUCCCUGCAGCAAGAGGUGGACUCCCUGAAGGAGAAGGUGGAGUUCCUCACCAUGGACCUGGAGAUCCUCAAGCACGAGAUCGAGGAGAAGGGCUCGGACGGUGCUGCUUCCAGUUACCACGUCAAGCAGCUGGAGGAGCAGAAUGCCCGGCUGAAGGAGGCCCUGGUGAGGAUGCGGGAUUUGUCUGCCUCAGAGAAGCAGGAGCACGUGAAGCUUCAGAAGCACAUGGAGAAGAAGAACCUGGAGCUGGAAUCCCUCCGGCAGCAGAAGGAGAAGCUGCAGGCCGAGCUGAAGCAGGGGGAGAGGGUCAUCGACGAGCUCAAGGAGCAGGUGGAUGCCGCUUUGGGGGCCGAAGAGAUGGUGGAGACGCUGACAGAGAGGAACCUGGACUUGGAAGAAAAAGUCCGGGAGCUUCGCGAGACGGUUGGAGACCUGGAAGCCAUGAAUGAGAUGAACGAUGAGCUGCAGGAGAACGCCCGGGAGACCGAGCUGGAGCUGCGGGAGCAGCUGGACAUGGCGACGGCUCGUGUGCGUGAGGCAGAGAAGCGGGUUGAGGCAGCGCAGGAGACGGUGGCUGACUACCAGCAGACCAUCAAGAAGUACCGAGAGCUGACUGCCCACUUGCAGGACGUGAACCGAGAGCUCAUGAACCAGCAAGAGGCUUCUGUGGAGAGGCAGCAGCAGCCUCCCCCGGAGAUGUUUGACUUCAAGAUCAAGUUUGCCGAGACAAAGGCCCAUGCCAAGGCCAUUGAGAUGGAGCUCCGGCAGAUGGAGGUGCAUCAGGCCAACCGGCACGUCUCCCUGCUGACCUCGUUCAUGCCAGACAGCUUCUUGCGGCACGGCGGGGACCAUGACUGCGUGUUGGUGCUCCUGCUCAUCCCCAGGCUCAUCUGCAAGGCGGAGCUGAUCAGCAAGCAGGCCCAGGAGAAGUUUGAGCUGAACGAGAGCUGCGCCGAGCGUGCUGGCCUCCGGGGGGCGCCAGGGGAGCAGCUGAGUUUUGCCGCCGGCCUGGUGUACUCCCUUCUCCUGCUGCAAGCCACGCUGCACAAAUACGAGCAGGCCCUGAACAAGUGCAGCGUGGAGGUCUACAAGAAAGUGGGGAUGCUCUACCCAGAGAUGAGUGUGCACGAGCGCUCGCUGGACUUCCUCAUCGAGCUUCUGCACAAGGACCAGCUGGACGAGACGGUCAACGUGGAGCCCCUGACCAAAGCCAUCAAGUACUACCAGCAUCUGUACAGCAUCCACCUGGCUGACCAGCCUGAGGACUGCACCAUGCAGCUGGCAGACCACAUUAAGUUCAACCAGAGUGCCUUGGACUGCAUGAGCGUGGAGGUGGGGCGGCUGCGAUCCUUCCUGCAGGCCGGGCAAGAGGCCUCUGACUGGGCCAUCCUCCUGAGAGACCUGGAGACCUCCUGCAGUGACAUCCGCCAGUUCUGCAAGAAGAUCAGGCGCCGCAUGCCCGGCACCGAUGCCCCUGGCAUUCCUGCAGCCCUGGGCUUUGGCCAGCAGGUCUCGGACACACUGCUGGACUGCCGCAAGCACCUGACGUGGGUGGUGGCCGUGCUGCAGGAGGUGGCUGCUGCCGGGGCUCAGCUGAUCGCACCCCUGACGGAGAACGAGGGCCUCCAGGCCCUGAAGCUGGAGGACUUGGCUUUCAAGGCCAGCGAGCAGAUCUACGGUGUGCAGGGCAUCAACCCCCACGAGUGCCUGCGCCAGUCAUGCAGCAUCCUCAUCGCCACCAUGAACAAGAUGGCCACCGCCAUGCAGGAGGGUGAAUACGAUGCCGACAGGCCCCAGAGCAAGCCGCCUCCCCCGGUGGAGCUCCGAGCAGCUGCCUUGCGGGCGGAGAUCACAGACGCGGAAGGGCUGGGGCUGCGGCUGGAGGACCGAGAGACCGUCAUCAAGGAGCUGAAGAAGUCCCUCAAAAUCAAGGGCGAGGAGCUGAGCGAGGCCAAUGUGCGGCUGAGUCUUCUGGAAAAGAAGCUGGACAGCGCCUCCAAGGACGCCGAUGACCGGGUAGAGAAGAUCCAAGCCCGGCUGAACGAAACCCAGGCCCUGCUGAAGAAGAAAGAGAAGGAGUUUGAGGAAACCAUGGAUGCUCUCCAAGCCGACAUUGACCAGCUGGAGUCGGAGAAGAUGGAGCUGAAGCAGCGGCUCAACACCCAGUCGAAGCGCACCAUCGAAGGCCUGCGGGGGGCUCCAGCCUCCUCAGGCAUCGCUUCUGUCCUCUCGGGCAUCGCAGGAGGUGUGGGGGCUGGCCAGAUGGUGAUGGGCGGGUCAGGCCCUGUCCAAGUGAAGGACUCCCCGCUCCUCCUCCAGCAGAUUGAUGCCCUCCAGCUCUCCCUGCAGCACCUCAAGAACCAGAACAACCAGCUCAAGGGGGCUCAAAUGAGGAGGGAGCUGGCAUCGCUGCCCCCACUGCAGGUGCCCAAGCUCUCGCUGCCCAAGGACAGGCAGGCGGAGGAGGGGGCUUCGGGCUCUCUGUACCGCAAGACAAGCCAGCUGCUGGAGACCCUCUACCAGAUGAGUGCCUCCAUGAAGGUGGUGGACGUAACCCGGCAGAAGACAGCAAUCAGCCCAGCAGCCCAACUCCUAGAGCAGACGGCACGCCUGAAGUCCCUGAGUGAAACCGUUGAGAGGCUGAAGGAUGAAGUGAUGAAGAAGACAGUCCUGCAGCACCCUGGAGCCAGCGUCCCCUCCGACUUUGGCACUUUCCCAUCGGCCCCCUUCCUGAAGGCCAAAGAGGAGCAGAAGGAGGACACCGUCUUCAUUGGCAAAGUGACCUUCCCCUGCCAGCCAGGCCACGGCCAGGUGCACAAGGUGGUCCUCACUCCGGAGCAGCUGCACAAGCUCCACAUCCGCCUCAUCUCCUAAGAGAGCUUCUGCCCGGGCACCCCCCACCCCUGCCAGCCUGCUGCUGCUGCUGCCGCC